UGUUUGGUGGAACUUAAAAUUCUGAGAAGUAGUUGGUUGAUAGCCAGCUUCUGAGGAUCUGGAAAAGCUGGGUUUUCCAGUUUCUGGCUUUAGUUCAUUUUCUGGAUUCUAGAACUACAGCUUCUCAAAAUCUGGACCAAAAGAUGUACUGUUUGUGAGAGCUUCUGAUUAUGGGAGAAGACGCAGCCGCACAAAUUAAGUUAAGUAGUUGACAACUAAGUCAAGAUUUUAAUCUCAACCAUAGAUUUACAAAGCCAAGAUACACAUCAAGAUUGGUGCGAUUGAGACCAAAAGCAUGGUGUACAUGCUCCACAUGAGUGUAGCAUUGCAAAUUGUUUGCAAUUUGACAAUAGAAAUACUUGAUCAUAGCCAAAGGGCAGCUGCACACUAGAGACUAGAGUAGCUAAGCUCCCAUUGUCAGUGCCACACCCAAUUUUCUUCUCCCUUCUUCCCUCCCCCCAAUGCACCCCCUUGUCUCUCUCUCUCUCUACACACACAUCACCAAUUGAAUAGAGAGAGAAGAAGCAAAACUUUGUUAAAUUGUGUUGGGGAGAAGCCCAAUGCAUUGAAGCAAGCACCCACAUUUCACCAUGACACCACCACCACCACUAUCCAUCUGGAGCAAGCAACCAAGCACCAAGACACAAGCAAACAGCUCAACCUGUUGAGUGUUUUGAGGAGGAAAAGAGAGAGAGAGUAGCUAGAGAGAGAGAGAGAGAGAGAGAGAGAGAGAAACAAGGUGUUUGUUUUCACUCUUGAACCAUGGUGAGUGAGUGAAGAGUGAGAGUGAAGUUCAUAGAGAUCAUCACCUCUCUUGAACCAAGCAAGCUUGGUUAGCAUAGUGUAUUGUGCACUGCCCCAAGCAAGCACAGCACGAUUUUUGAUGCAGCUGCCAUUGCCACCAUUGUUGCCAAGCCCCAUGCACUUCCUUCUCCUCUUACUCCACCUCCUCUCCUUCUCCUCCUCCACCGCCGCCUCGGCUUCAUCGGAGGUCGCCUUCCUGACGCAAUGGCUCAACACCACGGCGGCGCGGCCGCCGGACUGGUCGCCGUCGGCGUCGUCGCCGUGCAAGUGGUCGCACGUCGGCUGCGAUGCCGCCACGGGGAGCGUCACCUCCGUCACGUUCCAGUCGGUGCACCUCGCCGCGCCGCUCCCCCCCGGCAUCUGCGCCGCGCUCCCGUCGCUCGCGUCGCUCGUCGUCUCCGACGCCAACCUCACCGGCGGCGUCCCCGACGACCUCCACCUGUGCCGCCGCCUCGCCGUGCUCGACCUCAGCGGCAACUCGCUCUCCGGCCCCAUCCCGGCCUCGCUCGGGAACGCGACGGCCAUGGCGUCGCUGGCGCUCAACUCCAACCAGCUCUCGGGCCCAAUCCCGGCGUCGCUCGGCAACCUCGCCGCGUCGCUCAGGGACCUCCUGCUCUUCGACAACCGCCUCUCCGGCGAGCUCCCGGCGUCGCUCGGCGAGCUGCGGCUGCUCGAGUCGCUGCGCGCCGGCGGCAACCGUGACCUCGGCGGCGAGAUCCCGGAGUCGUUCUCGAGGCUCUCCAACCUCGUCGUGCUCGGCCUCGCCGACACCAAGAUCUCCGGCGCGCUCCCGGCGUCGCUGGGGCGGCUCCAGAGCUUGCAGACGCUGUCCAUCUACACGACGAUGCUGUCCGGCUCCAUCCCGGCGGAGCUCGCCGGCUGCGGCAACCUCACCAACGUCUACCUCUACGAGAACUCGCUCUCCGGCCCGCUCCCGCCGUCGCUGGGCGCGCUGCCGCGGCUGCAGAAGCUGCUGCUAUGGCAGAACUCGCUGACGGGGCCCAUCCCGGACACCUUCGGCAACCUCACCUCCCUCGUCUCCCUCGACCUCUCCAUCAACGCCAUCUCCGGCGCCAUCCCGGCGUCGCUCGGCCGCCUCCCGGCGCUGCAGGACCUCAUGCUCAGCGACAACAACCUCACGGGGACCAUCCCGCCGGCGCUGGCGAACGCGACGUCGCUCGUCCAGCUCCAGCUCGACACCAACGCCAUCUCCGGCCUCAUCCCGCCGGAGCUCGGCCGCCUCGCCGCGCUGCAGGUGGUGUUCGCGUGGCAGAACCAGCUCGAGGGCUCCAUCCCGGCGUCGCUCGCCGGCCUCGCCAACCUCCAGGCGCUCGACCUCUCGCACAACCACCUCACCGGCGCCAUUCCCCCCGGGAUCUUCUUGCUCCGCAACCUCACCAAGCUGCUCCUCCUCUCCAACGACCUCUCCGGCGUCAUCCCGCCGGAGAUCGGCAAGGCGGCGAGCCUCGUGCGGCUGCGGCUAGGAGGAAACCGGCUCGCCGGGACGAUCCCGGCGGCGGUGGCCGGGAUGAGGAGCAUCAACUUCCUCGACCUCGGCAGCAACCGCCUCGCCGGCGGCGUCCCCGCCGAGCUCGGCAACUGCUCGCAGCUCCAGAUGCUCGACCUCAGCAACAACACGCUCACCGGCGCGCUGCCGGAGUCGCUCGCCGGCGUCCGCGGCCUGCAGGAGAUCGACGUGUCACACAACCAGCUCACCGGCGGCGUCCCCGACGCGUUCGGGAGGCUGGAGGCGCUCAGCCGCCUCGUCCUCAGCGGCAACUCGCUCUCCGGCGCCAUCCCGGCGGCGCUGGGAAAGUGCCGCAACCUCGAGCUCCUCGACCUCAGCGACAACGCCCUCUCCGGCCGCAUCCCCGACGAACUCUGCGCCAUUGAUGGCCUCGACAUCGCGCUCAACCUCAGCCGGAACGGGCUCACCGGGCCGAUCCCGGCGAGGAUCUCGGCGCUGAGCAAGCUCUCGGUGCUCGACCUGUCGUACAACGCGCUCGACGGCGGCCUCGCGCCGCUCGCCGGCCUCGACAACCUCGUCACGCUCAACGUGUCCAACAACAACUUCACCGGCUACCUCCCGGACACGAAGCUGUUCCGGCAGCUGUCGACGUCGUGCCUCGCCGGCAACUCCGGGCUCUGCACCAAGGGCGGCGACGUGUGCUUCGUCAGCAUCGACGCCAGCGGGAGGCCGGUGAUGAGCGCCGACGAGGAGGAGGUGCAGCGGAUGCACCGGCUCAAGCUCGCCAUCGCGCUGCUGGUGACGGCGACGGUGGCGAUGGUGCUGGGCAUGGUCGGGAUCCUACGGGCGCGCGGGAUGGGCAUCGUCGGCGGGAAGGGCGGGCACGGCGGCGGGAGCAGCGACUCGGAGUCCGGCGGCGACCUGGCGUGGCCGUGGCAGUUCACGCCGUUCCAGAAGCUGAGCUUCAGCGUCGAGCAGGUGGUGCGCAACCUCGUCGACGCCAACAUCAUCGGCAAGGGCUGCUCCGGCGUGGUGUACCGCGUCGGCCUCGACACCGGCGAGGUCAUCGCCGUCAAGAAGCUCUGGCCAAGCACCCGCAACGGCGCCGACAAGGACGACGUCGCCGGCGGCGGGCGCGUCCGCGACUCGUUCUCGGCGGAGGUGAGGACGCUGGGGUGCAUCCGGCACAAGAACAUCGUGAGGUUCCUCGGCUGCUGCUGGAACAAGACGACACGGCUGCUCAUGUACGACUACAUGGCGAACGGUAGCCUGGGUGCUGUGCUCCACGAGCGCCGCCAUGGCGGCCAUGGCGGCGGCGGCGCGCAGCUGGAGUGGGAUGUGAGGUACAGGAUCGUGCUCGGUGCGGCGCAGGGGCUCGCGUACCUGCACCACGACUGCGUGCCGCCGAUCGUGCACCGCGACAUCAAGGCCAACAACAUCCUCAUCGGGCUCGACUUCGAGGCCUACAUCGCCGACUUCGGCCUCGCCAAGCUCGUCGACGACGGCGACUUUGGCCGCUCGUCCAACACCGUCGCCGGAUCAUAUGGCUACAUCGCCCCAGAGUACGGGUACAUGAUGAAGAUAACGGAGAAAAGCGACGUGUACAGCUACGGGGUGGUGGUGCUGGAGGUGCUCACCGGGAAGCAGCCCAUCGACCCCACCAUCCCCGACGGCCAGCACGUCGUCGACUGGGUCCGCCGCCGGAAGGGCGCCGCCGACGUGCUCGACCCGGCGCUGCGCGGCCGCUCCGACGCCGAGGUCGACGAGAUGCUGCAGGUCAUGGGCGUCGCCCUCCUCUGCGUCGCCCCUUCCCCCGACGACCGCCCCGCCAUGAAGGACGUCGCCGCCAUGCUCAACGAGAUCCGCCUCGACCGCGACGACUACGCCAACGUCGACCUCCUCCUCAAGUCCGGCGCCGCCGCCGCCUCGCCGCCUCGCGCCGCCGCCGCCGCCACGUCGACGUCGUCGAGCACGCCGCCGAGCAGCAGCAGCUUCUCCGGCUCAUCCGCCAUGAUCUACAACUCAUCAUCCAAGGCCAAGUCGCCAUUCGAUUGAAACCACCAUAUAACUCUGAACAGAAAACAUAAGAAAAAUGUUUGUGCCUUCUUGGGCUUGUUUGAUGAUCUUACAUGUGUUUGUGGUGGAGAAUUUGAUGCGAGUUUGUUGUGAAUUUGUGAUGGUAGGUGGUGAGCUGUGUAAAUGAAUGGGGGGAAGAGGAGGAGAAGGAUAGGCUGUUUGAAUUCGUUUCUUUUUGUUUUGUUUUUGGAGAGUAGAAGUAGAUGGAGCUGAGGAAUUAGGAAGAACUAGAACCUGCAGAAGCAAAAAGCUUGAUGGCUUUGUUUUGUUAGUGUUCAGUGUAUGCCUGUUGAAUAAAGAUCCAAGAUUACCUUACAUUCC